UCAACUCCAGUCUCAACCACUAUUUCCCACUCUUAAACCUAGCUCACAUCUCUAUCUCGUCUGCACGUCUGCAGAUCACACAGAACAAGAACAAGCAAUCGAAAAAGCCACGAAGCCCACCAACCCUAACCAUGUCGGGAGUUUGGGUGUUCAAGAACGGAGUGAUUCGUCUCGUCGAGAACCCGAACCAGUCGUCUGAUUCGUCGCACGGUCGGAGAAAAGUUCUUGUCUACUUACCGACCGGAGAAAUUGUCUCCUCGUAUUCAUCUCUCGAGCAGAUUCUCCGGAGCCUCGGUUGGGAGAGGUACUACGGCGGCGACAGCGAUCUCAUUCAGUUCCACAAACGCUCAUCCAUCGAUCUCAUCUCUCUCCCCCGAGAUUUCUCAAAGUUCAACUCCGUUUACAUGUACGACAUCGUCGUCAAGAACCCUAAUUCCUUCCACGUCCGUGAUUGCCAUUGAGUUUGUAUUAAUUCGGUUCGUUAGCUUGUGUUGUGCUUUUUUUUUUGUUUUGAUCGGGUCUUGUUCAUUUUCACGUGUUUCGGUGUGCAUGUGCAUGUUGGCGUUUAUUGUCUUUUGUUUCUUUUUGGCCAUUGUGGGUGGGGGCUUUUUGUUUGAAGUUGAAACGGAGGUUGCAUUGGUUGUAGCCAUGUCGUUGAUGUACCUGUGUAAUCGUGUUUAUUUGAGUUAAUUAAUCAAGCGUCUGGUUUCACAAUUA